AUGCCCUUACGUAGUAAUGCUACUGCGGGGAAAGAGAUGACUGUGAGAGAGGCUCUGAAUGCUGCGUUUGAUGAGGAAAUAAGUAUGGACCUGAGAGGGUUGUUGAUCACAGAGGCUGGUUUUGCUGGAGUUGAAGUCGGUGCUGCUUUCUAUGGUCUCAGGCCUGUUGUGGAGUUUAUGACAUUCAAUUUCGCUAUGCAGGCGAUUGAACAAGUUAUAAAUUCUGCUGAAAAGAUGAACUACAUGUCAGCUGGCAAUACAUCAGUCCCUAUAGUUUCAAGAGGAGCUGCAGCAGGAGUCAGUGCCCAUCACUCCCAAGCCUCGUGA